AUGUCACCACCUAGGAGUAAAGCGUGGAAUUGCUUCAAAAAGAUAAAUGGUUCAGAAUCAAUUUGUAAAGUUUGCUCAAAUAUUGUUAAAUACUCAGGAAAUACGUCUAAUCUUUUUAAACAUCUAAAGAAACAUUCUAAUCUACCAUUAACAGCUACAACUGUAGAUAAUGUGACUGUUGAAAUCGAUUCAUCACAGGCAAUACUUAAUCGCCAUCUAUCUGAACUGAUUGAACCUUCAACAUCAACAUCCAGUGAUACUUCUACUAAUUUAUCGAGUGAGAUCGCAUCAAGUCACACACUUGAGGAAGAAAUGGUUGAUUCUCCUUUGCCAGCCAGACUUGUGGUGAAACGACCAAUAGUGGAAUCAUUUAAUAGAGCCAGUCAUUUCCAAGAAGGAGGGUAUCGUCAUUCAAAGAUUACAAUGUCUUUGUUGUAUUUUAUUUGUAAGGACAAAAGACCAUUUCACGUAAUAGAUGGAAAAGGAUUCCAACAUCUCCUUAAAGAGUUAUCUCCAUCAUACAAAAUUCCUUGCGCUACAACAUUAGAACAACUUUUGGACAAUAAGUAUGAUGUGAUGAAGCAAUCUCUCAAAGUAAGACUAUCAGUUGUUUUGCAUGUAUCAUUAACAUUCGAUGUAUGGACCGAAACCAUGGAAGAAAAGAGUUUUUUAGGAAUAACAAUUCAUUUUUUGGAAAAAACUCUUGAAUUCAUUUUGUCUAUCGAAGACUGGGAAAUAGAGAAGGAUAAUGUGGUAACCAUAGUAACAGACAAUGGUUCCAAUAUGGUCUCAGCAGAAAACAAGACUUUUACAAAAAUUGAUGGUAAAAGUCGACACAUACCAUGUUUUGCACAUACGAUUAACUUAGUGGUAGAAGUAGCAGUUAAUCAUUCAAGUGUGAAUAAUUUGAUAUCUAUGGUACGUGAAAUAGUCAAGUGGGUGAAGAGAAGUGUAAAAAAUAGUGAUUGUUUAAGAAAGUCUCAAAUGGACACUGGAAUACCAGAAGGUUCUGUUAUAAAAUGA